CAGCGCCAUCUCGUUUGCACUGGCUUCAUUGGCGUAGCUUUUGCCUAAAACCUUGAAAGAAUAUUGCGGAUGUUUCGGAAGAUCUGUGGGUGGUUGUGGUUAGUGUGAUUGGCAUUUGAUUUGGUAUUUGGCAAUUUUGGCAGCUUCAGGCUUGGCAAUUCAAAUUCAAACAGAACAAAUAUAUGGUUCAUGUAUGAUCAGUUAAUGUUCGUGUCCUCUGAAAAUUGAAAUAGGAAUAUAUGUUGUUUGUGUACAUAUUUCUUAUUAGUGAAGUGGGUUGUUUGAAUCUUAUUUCUAGAGACUUGAAUCGGAUAUUAGUGUUAUUGGACCUUUAAUUUAAUUUUCGCCUGAAAAUGAGCAAAACAGACCCUGAUAGUGAUGAUUUGGACAUCAGCAUGACUGCUCAAGAACUGCAUAUCUUGUCUGAACUCGACAGUCGACAAUACGGGUACCUCCAAUUAAACGAACCAGAAAAUGCCAAGAAAAAAGCUCUGGUUCAGAAGGCCAUCAAAUAUCUACAAUUAAUGGUAGUUCAAGCCCGUAAACAGCAAAAGGAACAAAAUGAAAAUGAACCACAUAAUUUUCAAAUCAAACAAAUCAGCAUUGAUCCAAAAACUUGGGUCAAACUGGGUCAUUUUCAUUUGCUGCUUGAGGAAUAUCGCAAAGCUUUAUCAGCCUAUCAAAUGUUUUACAGAACUCAGGCUGAUAAUCAUUGGCAAAACAUUUCAUUCUUAUAUGGUUUGGGUUUGGUCUAUUUCCACUUCAAAGCCUAUCAAUGACUGGCAGUGCUCGUUGUUUUGACUGUACAAUAUUUUGUUGCUGAAGAGCCAUCAUGUUGGUUUGUCUAGGCAGAUCCACGUUGAGAGUUUGGCAAUAGAAACACUCGGGUGGUAUAUGAAUACAUAUAAAUAGAAAAAUGAUCGUCUUAUACAAGGCGGUGCAGAGGAAGGCCUGGCAUGUUUUCUGAAUGGAUGCACAAGAGCGGUUGGAGAUGUGUGACCGCGAAGCAAGGUGACACUUGAUUGACAUUAUUUUCCAUCAUUAAUUUAAAAGUGCACUAUUAUUAUUUCAUUUAGCUGUAAUUAAAACAAAAUUAUCUUGAAAAUAAAAAAGAGUUUCUUUUGUUUUAAAUAUAUUAUUCAUAUAAAUGGUAGGUACCGAGUUUUAUUUUGUUGUUGGGCCGAAGUCGAAAUUAACUUUCAAUAUUCACGAUAUUAUUCAUUUAUUCAACUAUUACGGUACCCUCCUUUAUUGAGACAGCUACCAUCAGAGCCAUCACAUAACGGCUUGUUGCUAGGUGCAAUUCGGAAAAGUGGGUGAUAAUGGGCUCUUUCACUAAAAUUUAAGUAUUAAAUCCCAAAGGAGGGACUAUUUUAGGCAUAUAUACAAAAAAAAAUGUUCUACAAGAUUAAAUAAGUUUUUUAGAGGCACCUUAAACUGGCCAAAUUCAAAAUGAUUUAAAACGCGCCAACUGAUGACGUCACAUGAAUAAUUUUCAUUUGGCCCAUGUAGCUGCAUGCGGCUCGGCUGUGUGUGUAGUCAAAGCAGGUAAAGGUUCGAAUGCGCUGUUGUCGGUUGUGACUAAAUGUAGUGCGACAUAGAAAAAAAUAAAAUAAAACUAAACAUAAAAAAUGUAUUCAAAUUGUGUUUAAGCAUAAUUUCCGAAAAAAUUGCAUAAAGUCUU